AUGAAUAAGACAAGGGCUGUUAAUGAUGUUUUUCAUUUCCUGAUCAGCAAGAACUGGAGCUCAAGCCGAAGCUUUCCUAUGAACAUUUCUAAUCAGUGCAUGAACAUCACUGACCUUACUGUCUUUCUGGCCACCUCCUACAGCUUGGAGACUGUUCUGGGCAUUGUGGGAAACAUCUGUCUGAUUGCUGUCAUUGCCAGGCAGAAGGAAAAGGCAAAUGUCACCAAUAUCCUAAUUUCCAACUUAAUAAUUUCAGACUUGUUUAUGUGUCUUGUCUGCCUGCCUUUCACUGUUGUUUACACUAUGAUGGACUACUGGAUAUUUGGAGAAGUCAUGUGCAAAAUGACCUCUUUCACUCAGUGCACAACUGUGACAGUGUCAAUCCUUUCCCUUGUCCUUAUUGCUCUGGAAAGACACCAGCUCAUCAUAAACCCAACUGGCUGGAGGCCAAAUACCUCCCAAGCCUACCUAGGCAUUGGAGUGAUUUGGACUUUAGCAUGUCUCAUGUCCCUACCCUUUUUGACCACAUCCAUCUUGUCUAACGAGUUGUAUGAGCAGCUCUCACACUUCAUGAAUUUUUCCACUGAUAAGGCAAUAUGUAUCAACUCGUGGCCUUCUGAGCAGCACAAACUUAUCUACACUACCACUUUACUGCUCUUGCAAUAUUGCAUCCCUCUGUUCUUCAUCAUCCUUUGCUACCUGCGAAUCUACUUACGCCUGCAGAAGAGGAAGGACAUGUUUGAGAAGAGCGAGUACAGCAACCGAGUGGUCCAGCUGAGAAGGAUAAACAUCUUGCUAGCAUCCAUGGUUGCUGCUUUUGCCGUUUGCUGGCUACCACUGCAUGUUUUCAACACCAUCGUGGACUGGAAUUACAAAAUCAUCUCGCCUUGCCACCACAACCUGAUCUUCUCAUUGUGCCACCUGGUAGCUAUGGCUUCUACCUGUGUCAACCCCGUCAUUUAUGGCUUCCUAAACAGCAACUUCAAAAAAGAAGUGAAGUCACUGAUUCUAAGCUGCCAGCAUAAUUCAGUAACUGCCUCAAUGGAAGAAUAUGAUCAUUUGCCUUUAUCCACCAUGCAGACUGAAAUUUCCAAGGGGUCACUAAUGUUGAACUGCAGGCACAAUUCUAUCUAA